AUGCAAUUAUCAACAUUCGUCGUAUCCGUCUUAGCGGUGACUGCUUCUGCAGCACCUAGCUUCCCUAAGCCUACCGUUACCGAUACUCGAUCUGCCAUCGACACAUUAGGAUCAUUGUCCGGUUACUUCAACCUUGUUGCGGAAAAGGUCAAGGCUGCCAAGGCAUACGACAUGGCUCCCGUCUGUGAUCUCUCACAAGCCAAGAUGGCUCUUGAUGGUCAACUGCUUCCUCCUUCCAAGGGACUUUACCUUAAGCAUGUUGCUGUCGGUCGUGGUACACAAAACUACACAUGCGACACCAAGGAUCCUUCAUCAGCCCCCGUCGCUACCGGUGCUGUGGCCACUCUCUUCAACGCCAGUUGCGCCGCUGCUUUGUACCCUGAUCUUGUCGAGCGUAUCCCCGGAAUGGCUGUUCACUUCCCCUUGACAGCUGCUGAGAAGCUGGGCCCUGCCUCUCUACCCGAGUCUGGUCACCACUACUUCACUGCCGACGGUGUCCCCUUCUUCGACCUCCGCACACCAGAGCAAGAGAUUGGAGAGGCACCCUGUGCUAAGAACAGCAGCGCUCCUGCGCCAUCACUCUCGGCAAAGGGUCAGCUUGGCGAGGCUGCUGUUCCCUGGCUCCGACUUUUCACCGUUGAGGGUGCGACUCACGACAUUAAGGAGGUGUACCGAACUACCACAGCUGGUGGCAGCGCUCCUGCUACAUGCAAGGGCAUGGCUUCUGAAUUCGAGGUUGAAUACGCAACACUAUACUGGUUCUGGGCUGGCAAAAUUGAUGACGAGGCUUGA